AUGCCUGUUUUAAGUUCCUGCUGCUUUGAACGCCUCAUCAGGGACGGUAGUUUGCAAUCAGCCUAUCAACAGGCAGUGUUCCUUCGCGAAUAUCUUAACGCGCUGUAUCUGUGCAAACAGAUGAACAACGACGAUGCAACUCCGUUACGUAUACCGUGGAUAAAUUCUCAGGAUAUUCAAGUAUAUUUCGGCAUCCAGAAUGCGGACCGCGAGUGCUUCCUUGUCGACGACGAAGGUACGUGGAAAACAAUGGAACGCGCGUGCUCUCUGCAUUCGGCACCUCUGGUUUAUCACAUGAACUCUGCGAUCGACAAUAGUACAAGCGUGCAGGUGCCAGUUGGCCAGCAGAUUGAUGUGAUCUUGACCGUUAGCAAUUUGCUCGACAUUCCUCUACUUAUGACGGACGUGCAGCUUAUGUCUACUUUUGAAGCAGAAGCGGACGAGAACGAUCACUCUGAUUUUCAGUUUAAUGCAGUGACUGCCGACGUGCUCGAUGAGGUACCUUUACCGGGCCAUGCUGCCGACAUACCGUUGGUCUUAAGUGCAACGUGUCACCGUCGUGGUUUUCUAAACAUUACCGGCGUGGCGUAUGGUUUGGCUAGCGUCUCGUUUUCUGAUAGCGAAUUGGGCGUCGAUGCUGCUCAGAGUUAUUGCAACAAAAUGCCGGUCGUAUAUGGCUAUCAGCUGUUCAACAUUCGCGGUAGGAGACUGAACUCAAAUAAAGAGGAGCGCAUGACGGUCGUGUACGCGCCCGACAAACGCCUCGAACCCCAUAUCGUAGACAGUUGUCCGUCAUUGCGUAUUCGAUGUGAAAGCAGUGUAGUCGUCGAGGUUCUUGAGGAUCAGCUGUUUUUCGUUCCCUUCACUUUAGAGAAUGUCGGUACCUUGCCCAUACAUAAAGUGACGGCGUGUGCGACGCCGAACUCGAAUGUGCUAUUCACCGUGGUCGAUGGUUCAGCCUCCACCGACGUUUCGCCUCGUUCCGUCCUGUCCGCUGUUCGGACUUUAGAGGCAGAUGCCGAAGGCUUCCGGAAAAAGUACCUGACUUUCAGCCUGUUGGCCGAGGGUGAGAUGUUGCCACCGGCGCAUACUCUCUACCGUAUCUGCUGGAUUCGCGCUGGCGGUUGUUUCGGCGAUGAAAACGAUGGCGAGAACGUUCAGUUCUUGUCCGGAAGCGUGUCCCAAUCGCACAUCAAGCUAGUCUUUUACUGGCACUCCGAAUUACCUAACACAUCGAUGCCCAUUCGCUGCCGCACGUUUCGACUCACCUACCGUUACGUUUGCCGCAAGGCGAUCAAGCUCACCUGCCACCGACAGCGUCUAUCUGAUCAUCUUCAAAACGACAGCGGCGAGCAUUGUUCGCCUUCACUUCUGGUCGACCUAAACGUUCAGAACAUUGCUAACCUUGCAGGUUUGGCUGGCUGCGAGAUCAAGCUUCUGGGUAUUAUUGCUCAUUCAGCGGAUGGAUAUCGAAUUGGAAAUAUGAUUUCUACUAAGAAAGAUUAUGUUCUGCAGCCGGGUCAGUCGGGAAAUGUAUGCUUCGACGUUCGUUGCAGUUUACGCGAUAAACCAGCAGACUCGUUUCUUCCGCUGUCCGGCGUAUUUUCUUCCGGGCAGAUGGGUAACGAAAUAUUCGACAAUCCGUGGCAUCCGUCGCUAGUUCACCACGUCGGCUUGGCCGUAUUUGUCUCUUGGUCAGCAACGUGGCCAGCACCUGAUCCGACAGCGGUGAUCGGACAGUCAAUCGUAGACGAUUCGACGUCUUUCAAGGCUAGUCCGUGGUUGUGGUGCGGUCAGACGACGCGCCGGAUGAUCGUUCGGCGUGGCGAGUGCAACGAGACGAAACUGUUUCUUGCCGUAUUCACGCCUUGCGUUUUGGACCUAUCGUCGAAACUGAGUAUCGCCGUUCACACGAUUAGUGAUCCACGACAGUCCAGCGUCGCCCUUAGGUCUCAUUUUAUCACCGUUCGUCCCAUAAUGGCAAGCCCAACGACUGGAAUUCAGCAGCUGUUAGCCGCCGAGAAGAAAGCGGCUGAACAGGUGAACGAGGCACGCAAGCGCAAGGCCAGACGCUUGAAACAGGCGAAGGAGGAGGCACAGCAAGAGAUCGACAAAUACCGCACCGUAAGUAAAACAGCUACUUUGUUUAUUCAGCCAUUUCUAUGUUGAAC